AUGGAUUUAAAUGGUGUCAGUAAAAUCGUCAGUGCUUUAGAGUUAAUCCAUUCACCAAAGACCUCAAACACAGAUCGUCAAGAGGCACAGUCCUUUUUGGAACAGGUGAAAAGACAAGAAGAGUCACCACUUUGGGGGUAUGAGCUAGCGCUUCCUUCUCAAAGUGCUAUUGUUCGUCAUUUUGGGUUAACACUUUUGCAAAACUCCAUCAAUCGUGAAUGGUCAAAUUAUGACCAAGAGAAGAAGCUAGCUAUUAGAAGUUGGAUCAUUGACCUUUCAAUGAAAUUGUUACCUGAAGAUCCACAUUUUUUAAAAGAAAAACUAGCAUUUCUAUGGGUCGCUGUUGCUAAAAGAUGUUGGGGCUCCUUUGUUGAAAAAUAUGAAGAUAAACUGGCCACAUCACAAAAAUUGGUUGAAGGUUGGGCUACAAUGGACAAAGAUCUUUUGGGCUUAUUCAAAGCUAGCUCUCAUACUAGGGAGUUAUCAUUAAUUAUAUUCAGAACAUUGUUUGAAGAUGUUUACAUAUUGGAUGAUUCCAUCACAUCGAAAAGAAGUCAGGUCUUGAACUCAAUGUGUACAAACGUUGUUUUACCAGAUACCUUGCUGAAUUCCAUUUAUGAGCCUAAUGUGAACUUACAAGAGUCAAAGGCUACUAAGGAAGGCUGGCUUUUAAUUUGGCAAGAGCUGUUGAACGAAUCAAUAAGGAAUGGUGAUGAAAGAAGUAUGAUCAAGAUUCUUGAGACGCUAAAGACGUGUUUGAAUUGGCCAUAUAGUAGUCUAUUGAACCAAGCACAAAUUUUGAAAACAUUUUUAGAUGCUAUUUUGGUGUCCAAUAUCAGAGUUAAAAUCCUAACUGUUGAUUGUUUGCAUAUUCUUUUUACUAGAAGCUUCAAUGAAGAAAUUGAUCUGGAACAAAUUGUUGGGUCAAUUUUUAAACCUGAAGGCAUUCAAUUACUUGGAACUAUUUACAGCUCAAUCCAAAAUGACCCAGAUGAUAUUGAUGAUGAGCUGUAUGCUUUCACCAAAAAAUUUACUGAAAUGGUUGUUGGAUUAAGCGAACAUUUGACCAAAAUCUCCACUGACUCAUCAGAUAUUGGUAAGUACUUGGAAUUGGUUUUAUCAACCACUACAAGUCCCAGUCUUACUAUAAGUUCCAUUUCAUUGAACUUUUGGGGAUAUAUGCUUAGGGAUGAUGCCAAAAUUGCCAUCAUUGAAAAAAUCAUUCCAGACUUAUUGGAAGUUGCGGCUUCAAAGCUUGUCAAUUACAGUGACUUCAAUGAAGAUCAUAUAAGUCAAAAAUUCUUAGCUGUUGACUUUAACUCCCAAGCAGAAACCUACUCAUUUUUAGGUAACUAUAAGAAGCUAAUUGAUGAUAUCAUAAGGCUGAUUGCAUGUGUCAAAGCUGAUAUGGGUCUCUUAUGGUUAAAUAACAGAUUGGAGUCUUUCUUUUCAUCUGAGCUAGGUAACCAAGUUAUCAAUUCAGCAAAAUUAGAUCAUCAUGGAGAGCCAUUUAUUUUAGGGAUCUCUCAACUAGACAUCACAGAGUCAUGUGUAAGGGGUAUUGUUAGGUGGAAAAUCUACUACAAUAAGGCAAAUUAUAAUGAAAAACUGGAUCAACUUUUGAUUCAAGUUGAAGAACUAGCACAAAAACUAUUAAAUGUUGAACUGAAAGAUCCUGUUUUGUUGAAAAGACUAGGUCAAAUGUAUGUUCAAUUCACACCACUGUUGAAAGAGCAUAUGAUCUUCAAGGUUAUAGAGAAACUUCUUACACUCUCAACUUUUGAAUACCCAUCAAACGGUACGGAAGAAGAAACAUCACUGGUUAAAGAUCUUAGAACAAGUUGUGGUACUGAAUUGAAUAGGAUUGCCUUUCUGAUGCCUGAAAGCUUCAAAAAUAUUUUAGAUGAUCUUGAGCAAGUCAUUGAAAAUUUAUUACCAAGGCUAACACCAACUGAAGCUGUCACUUUCAAGGCAUUCUUAUUAGUUGUUUCACAAAGAGCGUCUGUUCCAAAUAAAGAUGAAAGAUUUAUUAAAGUUGUUGAACCUGAGAUCGCAGCUUGGACUAACCCUGAUACUAUGAAAGGUUUAAGUGAACUUCAAUGGUUCAUGGAGAGAUUAGGAAUUGUGCAAAUUGCUGAUUAUUUCAAAACUAGAAAUAUUAGUCCUGGUGCUGAUUUAUUAAAGACACCUAUGGAUGAGCAAGGGCUGAAACUAAAAUCUGAUUUGAAAGAAAGAUGGUCCACUAUUUUCCCUAUUAGAACAACAAGAUUAUUACUCCAGUACUCAAUUGAAAAAUUACCACAUGAUACUCCAGAAUUCAAGAAUUUAUUAAGACUAUGGAGACCUAGGGUUAUUCCAAUUAUCCCUCAUAUUUUACAACUGUUGUAUCAAAUUCAAGCGUAUCAUAAUCCAGCAAAUUGGACUGAUCUUCCGGAAGUUGUUCAAUCAUUUGUUCGUGAUACUACAGUGGAAAGAUUUUGGCAAAUGGGUGUUUCUAUCCAAACCCGUGAUUCAUUUUUGGAGGAGAGUGAAAAAGCUAUGAAUACCUUGAGAGAUUUUGCAGAUUCUGUUGGUCAUAUUGUUAGGUAUACUAGGGAAUAUGUUUUCCUGUCUAUUGCAUCAAUUUGUGAACUUGAAGAUACUUUUUACACAAUUCCUGGUAUUGCCGAUCUAUUUUGGAGAGCUGCCACGGGUGAAAAAGUUGGUAUUACAUUGCAUUCAUGGAAACAUAUGAUCAAUGUGAGUUUGAGGGCGGUUAUCAAAAAAUGUCCACCUACAAAUGUUGAUGAUUUCAUGUCACAAUUGUUACCUCAAAUGUUCAAUACAUUAGAUGAAUUGUUAAUCAAUAAAUGGGAAAAAGUUUACAUUUCAGGUAUGAAUUUUGAUGAAAAUGAUGAUCAAUUAUCUGAAGAAAUGAUGGAGGAACAUUUAUUGAGACAAGUUACACAAGUUACAAUUAGAUUGUUAGUUGAUUGUGUUGGUCAAUAUGGUUACAAAAAUCCAUUAACUCCAACUCAAAAGGCAAUCCGUAAAUUGGUUUUCAACAAUAUGCAAGUUUUAGGUUCAUUUUUAAAUUUUGUUUGUCAUUUAAUUAUGUUUAAAGAUUCAAGAAGUUCUUUCAAUGUUUUACUUAUUGUUAGAUCACUGAUAACAGAAAUUAUUAUGAAGAAUGAUGAAGUUGAUAAUUUCUUGUGUGAAUAUUUAACCAAGUCAUUAAUUUUUGUUUUAACUGAUGAUUUUUAUCGUGAAGCACAAAAUGAAGCAGCAUAUGUUUUAACUGUUUUAUAUAUCAACUUGAGAGGAAGAAGUCAAUAUAUUUCAACUGUUUUGAAAAAUUAUUUACCAAAUGCUACAGAUGUCCAUAUCCAAAAAUACGAACAAGGAUUAGCAGAGUCCAAAAAUCUGAAAGAACAAAGAAAUGCAUUAUUAGAUUUAAUUCAACAAGUUAAAGAUGAAGAUCAUGAUGAUGAAAAGUUUAAAAAGGAUAGAAAUAAACAAUUGGAAAUGAUCACAAAGAAGAAAAAGAAUGAAUCUGAUAUGAUGAAUGAUCCAUUUGUGGAGAAUGGUGCACUUGGAAAUUUAUUUGGUGAUGAAUAG